AACAAAUAAUUAGCGCUCCAUAGGGACACAACAGGUCGAAUUCAAUAACUGAAGUUGUUGAAAUAUUUGUACUGUAUUUAAUUUUGUUACCAGAACCUCGGUUAUAAAGUCGCAAGUGUUCAAAAUUGGAAUUGAGCCAAUGGAAAACAGUAUUCUUACAACAGAAACAUUAUACUCAGACAACUUUACUCAUUAUGAUGCAUCAAGCUAAAUUAGCACCUGUUGGGUAGUGGAGUUGGAAAGCUUUCGCAAUCGAAUUAAUUCAUAUAAACAGGUAGAUUGAGAGGAAAUCGACAUUCGAGCGAUAAGAAACAUAGAAGUGAAAAUGAAAUUUUACAUUGUCAUCGUCAUUUUUGGAUUGUUUUUUGUCACCAGUAGUAGUAGUAUAGCUAAUCGGGAUUUUCCUCUAUGGAAUUCUCGCCCACAGUUUGAUUUGGAACUUGAUUUUUCGAGCUGUUUCAAAAACAUAACAGAUAUCAACGAUAUAGAUGAUAUUAUCGAGUUCGUUAUCAAUCUAUGUCUGAAUAAUAAGACGACUCUUCACUCUGUUAUCUAUUGCAUGGAACAUGUACUAUCAUAUGGAUUAGAAAAGUUUUUAGGAAAUAUUGACCUAAAAAAUAUAGAAAAAUUUGUUAAUUGCGUCACGACAAGCUAUUUUGCCAUUGAUGCUCAAAUAUUUGAUUGCAAUAAGUUAAAUAAUAUUAUUUCUCUUUAUGAAAUCUUUAAUGGAUUUAAUCUUAAUGGACUUGGACUUAAUCUUGAUUCGAUUCCUCAAUUUUUGGGCCAACUUUCUGGUGAUUUUUCUGAUUUAUUUGCCUGUAUACCUUAUCUAUUUUUGAAAUAACUGUAUUUUAAAAGAUUAUUUUAACUGAAACCAGACCUUUCGUUAAAGAAAUUUUAAAAAUUAUUAAAAAGAAAUGACAGUUUUGACAAUAUCAAAA